CUCGGAAGUGCCCUAGGAAGUGCCUGUGAGCGGUCCUCCGUCUCUCCCACACUUCUGAAUGCCUCUGUCCUCUGAACUUCUCAUCAGCGCUAGCGAGGAAAACUGACCUCCCAGAUGUGUAGAACUGUCGCUGGAGCUGUAGCCCUUCACCACCACCUCUACCUUCUUAGUUCUGAGGGUUCCUGAAACCUCUGUCAUGGAAAAGUACCACGUGUUGGAGAUGAUUGGAGAAGGCUCCUUUGGGAGGGUAUACAAGGGUCGAAGAAAAUACAGUGCUCAGGUGGUGGCCCUGAAGUUCAUUCCAAAACUGGGACGCUCAGAGAAGGAGCUGAGGAAUCUGCAACGAGAGAUUGAAAUUAUGAGGGGUCUGCGGCAUCCCAACAUUGUGCAUAUGCUUGACAGCUUUGAAACUGACAAAGAGGUGGUUGUGGUGACAGACUAUGCUGAGGGAGAGCUCUUUCAGAUUCUGGAAGAUGAUGGAAAGCUUCCUGAAGACCAGGUUCAGGCCAUUGCUGCUCAGUUGGUGUCUGCUCUGUACUAUCUGCAUUCCCACCGCAUCCUCCACCGCGACAUGAAGCCACAGAACAUCCUCCUUGCCAAGGGUGGUGGCAUCAAGCUCUGUGACUUUGGAUUUGCCCGGGCCAUGAGCACCAACACAAUGGUGCUGACAUCUAUCAAAGGCACACCACUCUAUAUGUCUCCAGAGCUGGUGGAAGAGCGACCAUAUGACCACACUGCAGACCUCUGGUCUGUCGGCUGCAUACUGUAUGAACUGGCUGUAGGCACGCCUCCCUUCUACACCACCAGCAUCUUUCAGCUGGUCAGCCUUAUUCUCAAGGACCCUGUGCGCUGGCCUGCCACCAUUAGUCCUUGCUUCAAGAACUUCUUGCAGGGGCUGCUCACCAAGGACCCCCGGCAGCGUCUGUCCUGGCCAGACCUCUUACAUCACCCCUUCAUUGCUGGUCAUGUUACCAUAAUUUCUGAACCAGAAGGCCCAGAUUUGGGCACCCCAUUCACCAGUCGCCUACCUCCAGAACUUCAGGUCCUAAAAGACCAGCAGGUGCAUCAGCUGGCCCCCAAGGGCAGUCGAUCUCGCAUCUUGCAUGAAGCCUGUAAGCGCAUGGCUGAGGAGGCCAAGAAGAAACACCAGAACACAGGACCUGCCCUUGAGCAAGAGGAGAGCACCAGCAAGGUGGCUUCUGGCAUAGCCCCUCUGCCCAAAGUGAGGGCCAAUCCUCAGGAACCAGGCCUCUCAGCUGGGAUCUUGGUAGCAGAAAUGAAGAGCAGCUGGGCUGAGUGGGGAGCUGGAGAGGCCCUCCCUGCACCUCGGGAAAACCAGAUCAUCCGGGAUUGUGAACAAGCCUUCCCAGAGCCGAGGCCGGAGGUGGUGGGCCAGCAGAGCACUGAUGCAGUGGACCUAGAAAAUGAGGAGCCAGACAGUGACAAUGAAUGGCAACACCUGCUAGAGAUCACCGAACCUGUGCCCAUCCAACUGAAGGCCCCUCUCACGCUGCUGUGCAACCCUGACUUCUGCCAACGCAUCCAGAGUCAGCUGCAUGAGGCUGGAGGGCAGAUCCUGAAAGGUGUGCUGGAGGGUGCUUCCCGCAUCCUUCCUGCCCUCCGGAUCCUGAGAAGUCUUCUAUCCAGCUGCAGUGACCCUGUUGCCUUGUAUUCCUUCUGCCAUGAAGCAGGGCUCCCUGGGCUGCUGCUCAGCCUACUCAGACACAGCCAGGAGAGCAACAGUAUCCAGCAGCAAUGUUGGUAUGGAACUUUCUUACGGGACCUGAUGGCUGUGAUUCAGGCCUACUUUGCUUGCACCUUCAAUCUGGAGAGGAGCCAGACAGGUGACAGCCUACAGGUGUUUCAGGAGGCUGCCAACCUCUUUCUGGACCUGUUGGGGAAACUGUUGGCCCAACCAGAUGACUCUGAGCAGGCUUUGCGGAGGGACAGCCUUAUGUGCUUUACUGUUCUGUGUGAAACCAUGGAUGGGAACAGCUGGUCCAUCUCCAAAGCCUUUUACUCCAGUCUGCUAACAACACAGCAGGCUGUGUUGGACGGGCUCCUUCACGGCUUGACAAUUCCGCAGCUCCCUUUCCACACACCCCCAGGAGCCCCGCAAGUGAGCCAGCCACCUAGGGAGCAGGGUGAGGAUCUGCUGGGAGCUGUUUCCUCUGCGCUGGCAGCCAUAUGCACUGUUCCUGUGGGACUGCCUGCCUGCUGGGAAGCCAAGGAGCAGAUCUCUCGGCAUUUGGCAAAUCUGCUCUCUGAAGAUAGCAGCCCUCUGAGGCCAUCCCUCAUCUCUGGCUUACAGCAUCCCAACCUGUGCCUACACCUUCUUAAGGUUCUCUACUCCUGCUGCCGAGUCAGUGAGUGCCUGUGCCAUCUGCUAGGGCAGGAGUCCCUGGCCUUCGAGUCGCUGUUGAUGUUGGUCCAGGGCAAGGUGGAGGUAGUGGAUAGGGAAGAGUCUACUGAAGUGGCACUCUACCUCCUUUUCCUUCUUGUCCUCCAGCUCCAAGAUCUGCCUUCUGGAAUGGAGAAGCGAGGCAGUGAGAUUGCCACUCUCUUCACCCAUUCACACAUCGUUUCUCUUGUGAGUGCAGCAGCCUAUCUGUUGGGACAGCUUGGUCAGCAAGGGGUGACCUUUGACCUCCAGCCUGUGGAGUGGAUCACGGCUGCCACACACGUACUGUCUGCCCCUGCGGAGGUCUGGCUGCCUCCACCUGGUGGCUGUGGAUUCUAUGAUGGCCUCCUCAUCCUUCUACUGCAGCUCAUCACACAGCAGGAGAAAGGCAGCCUGAUAAGGGACAUGGCCAGCUCAGAAAUGUGGACUGUGCUGUGGCACCGCUUCUCCAUGGUUCUGAGGUUCCCUGAGGAGGUAUCUCUGCAGGAAGAGGAGCUGUCACUACCCAGUCCCCAAAGCCUAGAGCCAGACUGGACGUUGAUCUCACCCCAAGGCAUGGCAGCCCUGCUGAGCCUGGCCAUGGCUGCCUUCACCCAGGAGCCCCAGUUAUGCCUGAGUCACCUUUCUCGGCAUGGAAGUAUCCUCAUGUCCACCCUGAAGCAUCUGCUUUCCCCCAGCUUCCUCCAUCAGCUGGGCCAGGCGCCUCACGGUUCUGAGUUUCUCCCCAUCAUGGUGCUGUCUGUCUGCCAGCUCCUCUGCUUCCCCUUCGCCCUGGAUGUAGAUGCUGACCUCCAUGGAGGUGUCUUGGCUGACCUUGUGGACUCAGAAGUUGCUGCCCACCUGCUGCAGGUUUGCUGCCACCAUCUUCCAUUGCCACAAGUCGAGCUGCCCAUCAGUCUCCUCACACACCUGGCUCUCACAAACUCCACCUCUCUCAACCAGUUUGUGAACACAGUGGCUGCCUCCCCUAGAACCAUCAUCUCAUUCCUCUCAGUUGCUCUCCUGGGUGACCAGCCACUGCUGACCUCUGACCUUCUCUCCCUGCUGGCCCACACAGCCCGUGUACUGUCUCCCAGCAACGUGUCCUUUAUCCAAGAACUCCUGGCUGGCUCCGAUGAAUCCUACCGGCCCCUGCGCAGCCUCCUGGGCCACCCAGAUAAUUCUGUGUGGGCCCAUACUUAUGGGCUCCUGGGACACUUGCUCCAACACAGUGUGACCCUUCGUGGGGCGCUGCAGAGCCAGGCUGGGUUGCUCAAUCUUCUGCUGCUGGGGCUUGGAGAUAAGGACCCUGCUGUGCGGCGCAAUGCCAGCUUCGCUGUGGGUAAUGCAGCUUACCAGGCUGGUCCCCUGGGACCUGCUCUGGCAGCUGCGGUACCCAGUUUGACCCAGCUGCUCGGGGACCCUCAGGCUGGCAUCCGGCGCAAUGCUGCAUCAGCUCUGGGCAACUUGGGGCCUGAGGGGUUGGGGAAGGAGCUGUUAAAGUGCCAAGUACCCCAGCGGCUCCUGGAGAUGGCAUGUGGAGACCCCCAGGCAGAUGUGAAAGAAGCCGCUCUCAUUGCCCUCCGGAGCAUCCAACAGGAGCCCUGCAUCCAUCAGGUGCUGGUGUCCCUGGGUGCCAGUGAGAGAUUGGCCUUGCUUACUCUGGGGAAUCAGUUACUACCACACAGCAGUUCCAGGCCUGCCUCUGCCAAACACUGCAGGAAACUCAUUGACCUCCUGAAGCCAACCCACAGCACAUGAUCCCAGAUUCCUGGGAUCCAGCCUUGAACCUUCAUUGCCCUACUAUUGCCAACCCUUCCUUUUUUCUACUGUACAAGCUACCAACUCAACUAAGAGCUAAAGAGACUAGAAAAGAAAGAUAAGCUGCCAACUCAACAUAUUUUCAAAUGAGGAACUAGAAGAAAUUUAUAUAUGAAGGUCCUUCCUACCCCCAGAUUCAGGAUGAUUUUAGCCACAAUCUUCAUUAUUGUUGGUGCCACAGAAGACUGCUUCCUUCUUUACAUCUUGGGGUCUUUCUCCAAAAAUGUGCCUUUAACUCCAGGAACAAACAUGCUUCCUGGACUUUAAGGAGACACCAUUUACCAGAGACCAUUCCUUUCUGGGGCUCCUGCAAUCUUCCUAGCAGUUUCUUGCUUCAGAUGCCCUGGCCCCAGGCCAGUAAUGGAGACAGAGCCUGUCUCAGCUCUAAGCUAUGGGCACAAAUGUUAUCAGUCCUCACUGUGGAGGGGUCCCCAGCCGAUAGCCCACAUUCCCAUCCAUGAGUGUAGGUGGAGAGUGUAUCUUUUUUCUCUCUCUCCCUCUCUCCCCCUCUCCCUCCUUGCUUCCCUCUUUUACUUUUUUUUUUUGUAGCUCUGUUUGUAAACUCUUGUAAUAAAAGGUGUGCCUCACUUGGUGUUGCCAGGGUAAGGGGUUGGGAAGCUUAGCUCCUCUUUUAGCUGCUCUGUGGUGCUGGAAGUACCCAUGUCCUCUUCACACAAGAUCCUGGUUUGGGAGUUUUUAUCUUUUCCUGACUUCAAGCUUCCUCCAUCCCAGAUGAGCUACAUAUGGUUGCUUACUUCCAAGCCAAGGCCAGUAGAGCUGAAAUUGGAAAGGAUAGGAUUAAACAGAGAGGUAAAUUGGAUUGCUUUGUGAUCUCCAGUUUAGUGGACUAAUUUUAAUAUUUGGUGGCCUUUUAGUGUACCCUAGCUGCUUUAGAAGGGAAGCUGUUUAUAGUGUUUGUGCAGUUUACCGGAAAGGGAUGUUUGGCAGACCCACUUAUUAGAAUUGUAAUCCAGAUGGAAACUUACUGAAAGCUUAAACCUUGCCUCAUUGGAUGGCUUGCAAUAAGCUUCCCAGGGCUCUGAUUUUUCCAUCCAUAAAAUAGGGAGACUUUUUUUAAUACAAUUUUUUAAUUAAGGUACUAUUGAUAUACACUCUUAUGAAGGUUUCACAUGAAAAACAAUGUGGUUACUAUAUUUACCCAUGUUAUCGAGUCCCCGCCCAUACCCCAUUGCAGUCACUGUCCAUCAGUGUAGUAAGAUGCUACAGAGUCACUACUUUAUCUUCUCUGUGCUACACUGUCUUCCCCAUGAUCCCCCCCAACACCAUGUGUAGUAAUCAUAAUACCCUUCAAUCCCCUCUCCCUCCCUCCCUCCCUGCCCUUCCCCACCCCUCCCCUUUGGUAACUGCUAGUCCUUUCUUGGAGUUUGUGAGUCUGCUGCUGUUUUGUUCCUUCAGUUUUGCUUCAUUGUUAUACUCCAUAAAUGAGGGAAAUCAUUUGGUGCUUGUCUUUCUCUGCCUGGCUUAUUUCACUGAGCAUAAUACCGUCUAGUUUAGGGAGACUACUUUUUAUCCCUCUUUAAAUUCCAGUUGUAUCAGAGAUGAAAGAUGAGUAAGGUACCCUUAUUUUUUUUUUUUUUUUAAUAAUUAUUUUUUAUUGAAGGGUAGUUGACACACAGUAUUACAUUACAUGAGUUUCAAGUGUACAACACAGUGGUAGAACAUUUAUAUACAUAAUUCUAGGUUCCAGCUAUCACCCUACCAGGCUGUUACAAUAUCUUGACUAUAUUCCUUCUGCUAUACAUUACAUCCCGGUUACUAAUUUAUUUUACCAUUGGAAGUCUGUCCUUCUUUUUUUUUUUUUUUUUUUUUUUGUGAGGGCAUCUCUCAUAUUUAUUGAUCAAAUGGUUGUUAACGACAAUAAAAUUCUGUAUAGGGGAGUCAAUGCUCAAUGC